AUGGAGAGAUCCGAGCUACUGUUCUUGAUUCUAAGCUUCCUCUUGCUUUGGAACCCGCUUGUGCUGGCCCGUGGCCAACUUUCUCCUCCGACGUCCGUCGGCGGAGGAGAUGACGACCGCCGCCGGUUGCAGACGUAUAUUGUUCACGUGCAGAAGCCGAAGAACUUGGUGUUCGGCAGCUACUGGGAGAGGGAGGAGUGGCACAAGUCCUUCCUGCCGACGACCCUCAUCGACUCCGGAUAACCGCGGCUGGUUUACACGUACGAGCACGCGAUCGGCGGGUUCGCCGCCCGGCUGACGCCGGAGGAGGUGGAAGCCAUCGAGGCCGUCAACGGCUUUCUCCUCGCUCAGCCGGACGCCGAGUUGGUGCCAAGGACGACCCACACGCCCAAGUUCCUCGGGCUGACACGCAGCGGUCAGUUUUGGGAGAUGGCCAAGAGAGGGGAGGGGCAGGUCAUUAGCGUUCGGGAAGUCUCCUUUUAUUCUGACCAGAAAUCCUUCAAGGACGCUGGCAUGCUGCCACCGCCGGCGCGGUGGAAGGGCGCUUGCGAGUUCGAGGUUGACUCCUGUAAAAAAACCUGAUAGGUAACAGGAUGUUCAACGCUAGCGGCAUCCCCUACAACCCCAAUGAGGACAGAUCUCACGGAAGCCACGUCGCCAGCACAGCAGCCGGGAACUACGUCCCGGGGGCCAACUACAUGGGUCAAGCUUGCGGCGUCGCGGUUGGCACCGCCCCACGCGCCCACCUGGCCUUCUACAGCGCCAGGAGCGUCUCUGAUUGGUUAAGGGCCGUCGACCAGGCUGUAGACGACGGCAUCGACGUGCUCUCUAUCUCUGUAAGCCUAACUACCGCUCCACCCUUUUACAAUAACCCAUUGGAUAUCGCCACCCUCGCUGCAGCAAGACGAGGUGCGUUCGGCAGCGUCGCUGCCGGGAACGACGGGCCUGAGCGGGCUACCUUGCUGGACAACACGCCGUGGUCGCUUUCUGUCGGUGCGAGCACCAGCGACCGGAUGGUGAGAACCGAGCUCCGGCUGGGGGAUGAGAGCGUCAUCCCGGCCGAGUGCGACCUAUCGAUGUACUCGUUCUUCCCUGUCGGCGCUCCGAUCCAGGCCGUGUUCCCGGGCUACUGGACGGGGAACGAGAGCGCCACUCACUGUCGCGAUGAAUACCUUGGCGGCGAGAACGUCACGGGGAAGCCGGUGCUGUGACUCGGGGACCACGGAAAUGAUGGCCAAGUUUCGUUCCAAACGAAGACCUGCAACGUCAGGCAGGCCAGCGGGAAAGUGGGAGUGGUCCUGAACGAGAAGGUGCAAGGGUCAACGCUCCUAUACGGAGCUCAAUGCGUACCUGCGGUGCACGUCGACUACGAGCACUCUCUCGACCUUAUAGACUAUUUCCGGUACGCCGAAUAACCCACCAUCGCCUUCGAGCCUGUGGGAACGAUAACCGGAGUUCGCCGGAGCCCGGCGGUAGCCUACUUCUCCGCCUGGGGGCCGAGCCUGGUGAGCAACGGGGUUCUGAGGCCCGACAUCGUUGGCCCCGGUGUCAACGUAUUGGCUACCACCAACUCUCAUGUUCCCUUCUUUUUUCUGUCCGACACCUCCAUGGCAUGCCCCCAUCUGUCUGGGAUCGCCGCCCUGCUCCGGAGCGUUCACCCGACCUGGUCGCCGGCGAUGAUCAAGUCUGCGAUGAUGACCACCAGCGACUGGCUGGACAACGCGGGGAUGCCAAUCGCCGACGAGACCGGCGAACCCGCCGACCUGUACGCCACCGGCGCCGGCCACGUGAACGCAACAGACUACGUGAAAUAUGUCUGCGGGUUGGGCUACACUGAGAAACAGACCAACGCCGUCCUGGGAGGCAUUUUCGACUGCGCCGUCUCCGGAGCCAUCAGCGGCGAGCAGCUGAACUAUCCGACCUUCUCGGUGCGGCUAUGUUCAACGCCCAAGGUCGUCACCCGAACUGUGACGAACGUCGGACCAGCCAUAGUCAGCUAACUGUGUCCAUAGAGCAGCCGCCCAACGUGUGGAUAAGCGUCUUCCCUCGUAAGCUUGACUUCUCGAAGGUUGGGCAAAAGAGGAAGUACAAAGUCACCAUCGCCUCGACUAACCCACGACGACUACCAGGCGAGGUUGUGGAAGGACAGCUCUCCUGGAUCUCAGCCCAGCAUAUCGUCAGGAGCCCGAUCUCCAUUGUAUUCUGA